AUGUCUUCAGUAAAAAGACCUAAUCCUAACACUGAAAACCCACUAUCUUUGAAAAACAAAAAAAAAACAUUAAAGCUUCAAAAUAGAUUACCUGAUAUUGAAUAUACACAAUCUACAGUAAAAAUAGGCCUACUUAAACUUCUUGAUGGAAAUGUUUUAAAUUCACAUAUUCAAACUUCGGUUGAGAAAAUGACAAAAAUAACUUAG